UUUUUCAAACAGAUUUCGUCUUUACCGAAAAAAAUUAUUAUCGUGUCAGUAAAAAUUCUGCAAAUGAUGCGGCCUUGCUGCUGUUCGUAAAAUAGUAAUUAACGGGGCAAUCAGCAUUGCAGCGCCCAGGGGACCGCAUUAGAGUCAACUCCUUUAGCAACAGAAUGGAGGACACAGAUCAGGAAGACCUGCUGGCUUUCGAGCGUCGGCUGGCUGAGGUGGUAAACACUGAGAAACGGAGUUCACUCCGCUGGCGCUUUGUUCUGGGCGCCAUCUUCGCCUGCUCGGCGAUCAGUGCCUGUCAUUGGGUUCGGGAUGCCAAGGAAAGCGAGUCGGUGGUUUUCCAAAUCCUGUCCAGUCAAAGCGCCUUUGCCUUCUCCCUGGCAACCAUAUGCCUGCUAAUCUUUUAUGGAUUCAAUCACGCCACUAAGCAGGACCCCAGUAUCCUGCGUGACACCCAAGAAAUGCUGUCUCCGUUCCGCCUUAACAUUGAUAACCAGGGACGUCUCAUCCUACUUCCACGGCAGACAGAGUAGCUGAAUAUAUGUAUAUCCCCAAAAACACAUUUUUAUUGACGGCGUUCCAGUGGAAUAAAUGAUCCAGUCAAUAAAUGAUCCAGCUAGUCAAAUAAAUGAUCCUCAAAAAUGGAAAUGGACUAGGUAUUGCACACCAUGACAAAUUUCGCGAGUUAAUUAGCGCUUAGACUAGCGACGACAACAAUACAAAAAAGUUCGCUGACAAUAAUGCUUAGCGAUCAAGAAGCGAAGAGUGGACUUAAAAACAUGCAUUGCAUAGAAAUGACCGAGAUAGAGGGCUGUUAGUGCUGCGGCCUUAAAUUAUAAAAGGCUACAGAAUUCGAUUUUGCUGUUAUGAAAUCAAAAGGAGUUGGCUGCUGUCGACACAACAAAAGUGGGCAUAAGUAUUUAGACAAUAAAUACAUUCAAUAUAUUUGUUUAU